AUGUUUGCUCCCAAGACUUCUGCAUCUAGUGCACUUGCCCUCAAUACUACCUCUAAUUCUCUGUUCGGCAACAACACAUCCACAUCCACAUCUACUCCCGGAGCAACAGGUACGACUGGCGGUAUGUUCGGAAACACAGCUUCUGCUCCAAAACCAGCAGGGAGCUUGUUCGGCGCGCCUGCAGCAGGAGCCACUCAGACCCCAUCAACCGGAUCCAACAUGUUUGGAGCUACACAAACUUCGGCGCCCAGCGGCGGUAGCCUUUUCCCAAGUGCAGGAUCUGCAACAACACAAGCUUCAACAUCCAAUCUGUUCGGUGGCACAACCGCUGGCGCUGGCACCAGCACCACUCAAGGUACAACGGGAGGCCUUUUCGGUGGCGGCGCAGCCCAAACCCAGCCUCAGUCGGCGUUCAGUCUCGGUGGAUCCACACUCGGCUCUUCGACAACUGGUACAGGAUUGUUUGGCGCCAAUCAAAACACCCAGCAGCAGCAGCAGCCUGCGAAGCCCACCCUCUCUCUCUUUGGCCAGCCCAACACGCAAGGAACACAGCAACCACUACAGCAGAGUACCGCCACUAACACAGUCAUCCCUGGCGUCAAAGUUGAUGUCAGCAACAUUUUACCGACCACCAAGUACGAGAGCUGUGCCGACGAAAUUCGCAAUCAAAUUGAGGCCAUCGACAACCACAUUCUAAACCAAAUGAAGAUGUGCCACGAGGUUGGCGAUUUACUUCCCACUAUCGAAAAGCAAGGCGCAUCAAUCCCCAAUGAUGUGGACUACGUGCAGGGGAAAUUGGAGACAAUGCAGCAUGCCUUGGAGAACGACGCCAGUGACAUCGACGGGCUGCGCAGCCUCGUCACACGAGACGCGGCCGAGGCCGAGGUGGCCUUCCGCGCCAUUGAUACCCUGAAACUACCCCUGCAAUACCAGUCCAAUGGCGGCGGUUGGUGGUCUGUGCAGGACCAAAAUAUCCCUGAGCGGUCUAUGCGCUCUAGCCGCAAGAACACGCUUGCCCUUCCCGAUGGCGUUGAGGGGGAUGCAUCCGCUACGUCCGUCAACGGCGUCCCAGUCAACUUGAUCGAUUACUUCUCACACCGCUCCAAGGAGAUGAAGGGGGUGCUAGGUAAAUACACCGGCAAUCUGAAGGAGAUUGAAGAUCACUUGCACGGGGUGGAAGCGACUCUAAACCGCCAGAUCAGCGACUUUGUUAGCUCCAAGUCCCGUGACGGCGCCGGUGCAGCCCCCAAGUCCAAUGUAAAUGAACUUGCCGCUGUCCUUGCAGAUGUCGAGGCGGGCAUCAUGGGUGUUGCUACCCGAUUGAGCACUGUUUCCGAACAGGUGCAGGAUAUCUCGGGGCAGCAGUCAGGGGAUGCGCGGUUUCACCUUGGAUAG